UGGCCGGCCGGCCGUGGGGCCGGAGUGCGCGGGGCGAUGCAGCUGCCGCCCGCGCUGCGCUCGCGCUUGGUGGGGGCACCCGGGGCGGCCGAGCCGCUGCCUGUGGAGCGGGACCCCGCGGCCGGGGCCCCGCCCUUCCACUUCGCGGCGCGCCGGGUGCGCUUCCCGCGGGACCACGAGUUUUUCGAGGAUGGGGAUGUGCAGCGACACCUGUACCUCCAGGACGUGCUCACGCAGGUGACAGAGGCGCCUGAGAGGCCCAGGGUGCCCGAGUUCACCUGUCAGGGGGCAGGGUGCUGCCAGGUGUUCGACACCCUGGAGGACUAUGAGCACCACUACCACACUCUGCACAGAAACGUCUGCUCCUUCUGCAGACGGGCCUUCCCCUCCGUGCACCUGCUGGACACCCACAUACUGGAGUGGCAUGACUCUCUGUUCCAGAUCCUAUCCGAAAGGCAGGACAUGUAUCAGUGCCUGGUGGAAGGCUGCACAGAGAAGUUCAAGACCGGCAAAGACAGGAAGGAUCACCUGGUGAGACGUCACCUCUACCCAGCCGACUUCCGAUUUGAUAAACCGAAGAAAAGCAGAGGUCCAGCCACACCGGUGGCCACUGUACAAGUGUUGGCAGAAGCUCUGGGCGAUGAUGGGGAGCAGUCGGGAGGGGACGCCAUGGAAGUCUGCUCUGAACACGCGGGCCCCCUCCCAGAACGCGUGGGCGAGCGGCGGACAUACAGCCACAGAAUACCUUCUACCAUCUGUUUCGGUCAAGGUGCGUCACGAGGAUUUAAAAGCACCAAGAAAAGAAAGGAACACCGGUGACAAUGUGGACAGAGAGCCAUGGGCCUCCGAACAGACCCCGAAGGGGGUGGUUGCCUUUCACAUGGUGUCAGUGGUGCGAUUUCUCUCGCCUUCUGGUGUGGCUGCCCUAGAACCCAGGCAUUUGCCGUCCUUGAUCCUCAAUGCCAGUCCCUUGGUGGACCACUGUGUGACCGCAGAAGCAGUGACAGGCCUACCAGUUCCAGAAGUGGCCCCAACACAUGCUCGGGAAUGAAAUGGCCGUCCUGAGGAUGUGCUUUGUAAACAUGUAAAUACUUGCCUUUAACAGUCUCCCGUUAGUC